GCGGGGCGGGGCGAGCGGGAAGGGGCCUGCUGCGGCCGAGGUGACACAUCUCUGCCUGCCAGGCCAGCAGCAGCUGGGCCAGCCGUUCCCGGGAGCCCUGGCCACCGCUCCCCGGAGGCUUUGGAAUGGACUUGUGCCACCCAGACCCCGUGGAGCUGAGCAGCGGGGAGACUGAGGAGCUGCAGCGGAUCAAAUGGCACCGGAAGCAGCUUCUGGACGACAUCCAGAAGCUGAAGGAUGAGAUCGAAGAUGUGUUUGCCCAAAUCGACUGCUUCGAGAUGACAGAGGAGAGCCGGAUGGCCCAGAAGGAGAAGGAGCUAUGCAUUGGGCGCAAGAAGUUCAACAUGGACCCCGUGAAGGGCAUCCAGUAUCUCAUUGAACACAAGCUGCUGACCUCCAAUGCCCAGGACAUUGCCCGGUUCCUGUACAAGGGCGAGGGUCUCAACAAGACGGCCAUCGGUACCUACUUGGGGGAGAGGGACCCCAUCAACCUGCAGGUCCUCCAGGCCUUUGUGGACUGCCACGAGUUCGCCAACCUCAACCUCGUCCAGGCCCUCAGGCAGUUCCUCUGGAGCUUCCGGCUGCCGGGCGAGGCCCAGAAGAUUGACCGGAUGAUGGAGACGUUUGCCACUCGCUACUGCCUCUGCAACCCAGGCGUCUUCCAGUCCACAGACACCUGCUACGUCCUGUCCUUCUCCAUCAUCAUGCUCAACACCAGCCUCCACAACCCCAACGUCCGGGACAAGCCGCCCUUCGAGCGCUUUGUGUCCAUGAACCGCGGCAUCAAUGCUGGCAGCGACCUGCCCGAGGACCAGCUGCGGGUAAGGGGGCGUGGCCUCGCCAGCCCCGUCAAUGAUGGACAGCCGGAGCGGGCUGCUCCUUCCAGUUUCAGCAGCUCUGACGGCCAGAAAGCCCUCCACAGAGAACGGAAAUCGCUUUCUGGGACCCCUGCCCCCCAGUCAGAGCCCACCCAGAACAGGUCCUUUGCCUUUGAGAGCCGAGCAUCGAAGCCCAGAGGAGGAGGAAGAGGAGGAGGAGGAGGAGGAGGACUGACUCUGCUUUGGCCUCUUGCAGGAGGCCGCGUGAAGACGUGGAAGCGGCGCUGGUUCAUCCUGACCGACAGCUGCCUCUACUACUUCGAGUUCACCACUGACAAGGAGCCUCGAGGAAUCAUACCCCUUGAGAACCUGUCAGUGCAGAAGGUGGAGGACCCCAAGAAGCCGUUCUGCCUGGAGCUCUACAACCCCAGUUGCCGGGGCCAGAAGAUAAAAGCCUGCAAGACGGAUGGUGACGGCAAGGUGGUGGAGGGCAAGCAUCAGUCUUACCGGAUCUCGGCCUCCAGCGCCGAGGAGCGGGACCAGUGGAUCGAGGCCAUACGGGCCAGCAUCACCCGUGUCCCCUUCUACGACCUGGUCUCUGCUCGGAAGAAGAAGAUUGCCAGCAAGCACUGAGCUCCUGGGAGGGGUGCUGGGCCAGGCGUCCCAGAACCCCAUGACUAUGGUACCUGGAGACCCUCCCAGUCCAGGGCACCUUUCCUGGCCUGCAGACAUCCUCCCCUCCCCCGUUACUUGGAGCUGACAGGACGGGGAGGCAGAGCUCAGGAAGGUGGGUGGGAACAGCUGAGGGCCCCGAAUGGCAAUGAGGCCCCUCGGCACCCAGCUGCUGCCAGGAGAGGCCUGAGGAAGCAGGCGAAGAGAAACCAGCCCCCCGUCCUCUCUCUGGGCCUCAGUUUCUUCUUCUGUGACUGUCUCCUCGCACGCUGAAAUGCCGUCAGGCCUCACGGCAGGAGG